AUGUCGGGGAGCCAGCCGCAGCUGGGGAGAGCUGUGCCCUGCUUGCGCUGCCGAGGGACCUGCACGGGCUUCGAGCCACAUUCCUGGAGGAAGAUCUGCAAGUCGUGCAAGUGCAGCCAGGAGGAGCACAGCCUGAGCUCGGAGCUGGAGGAUGACCGCAAGAUCGGGCGCCUGCUGGCGGACUCCAAGUACUCCACGCUGACGGCGCGGCUCAAGGGCGGCGACGGCGUCCGCAUCUACAAGAGGAACCGCAUGAUCGUCACCAACCCCAACAUCUCGGGCAAGGACCCCACCUUCGACACCAUCACCUACGAGUGGGCUCCCCCGGGGCUCGCCCAGAAGCUGGCCAUGCAGUACAUGGAGCUGAUGCCGAAGGAGCUGCAGCCGGUGGCGGGCACGGACGGGGCGCUGCAGCGGCGGCGGCGGCUGGCGAGGCAGCUGCCGCUGUACGACCAGGACCCGGCGCAGUGCCGCGGCCUGGCCGAGGGCGAGCACGGGCUGAUGGAGGAGUUUGUCAAGAAGUACAAGGCCGAGGCGCUGGGCGUGGGGGAGGUGGCACUGCCCGGCCAGGGCGGCAGCGGCGGCGGGAAGGACGAAGGGAAGCCCCAGGACAAGAGCAUCGAGUCCAGCAAACCCCCCGAGUCCACCAACGGGACCCUGGAGAACGCACCUGCGGCCGGGCACUACCGCUGCGAGUCCUGCAAGCAGGCGGUGCCGGGGGACUGCCCGGUGGUCUACGCUGACCGCGCCGGCUACGCCCGGCAGUGGCACCCGGCCUGCUUCGUGUGCUGCCGCUGCUCCGAGCCCCUCGUCGACCUCAUCUACUUCUGGAAGGGCGGGGCCGCCUGGUGCGGGCGCCACUACUGCGAGAGCCUCCGGCCACGCUGCGCCGGCUGCGACGAGAUCAUCUUCUCGGAGGACUACCAGCAGGCAGAAGGGCUGGCCUGGCACAAGAAGCACUUUGCCUGCCUGGAGUGUGAGACGCCGCUGACGGGCAAACCCUUCUCCCUGGCCAACAGCAGCCUCCUGUGCACCAUCUGCAGCCAGAGCAAGCGCCUCUGAGCAAGGCCCCACCAGGACUGGGGGCGUUUGGCAAGUACAGGAGAAGGAGAAGGAGAAGGUUAAAGAAAUUAGAGCCUGAGUAUUCACUUGCAUCCAGCACAGCCUGGUGGGAGUGCUUCCCCGGGGUCCUCUUGGAUCCGAAGGGAACCCUUAUGCCCGUGGGUGGGAGGUGCAGGGCAUACCUGGCCAGGAGGGGCUGUGCUGUGCUGGUUUUUAUCAAGUCUGUCCAAGCUUCUAAUGACUAAGGUCUUGCAGUAGUAUUUUGGAAAUAACACAUCUCAACAGUAACUUCUGGCAUACUAAACCUACGGUCAUGGUCAAAACCAAGGGGUGUUUGUGGUUUUUGAAAUCCUUACUGGAAUUAGGCUGACAGGCUGCUGUGGCUGUGCUAGGGCAGUGGGUUUGAGGAGUUUGAUCAACCUUCUAAAAGCAAAUGGUGUAAAACUGCAGCCACACGCAGCUGUAGCUUUGUCCUCUGCACAUGCAGUGGUGUAAAACGAGGAGUGGACACACAGAGGUCUGGGCUGAGCCCCAUGAGGGGCCAGGACACAGCUCUGCCUGGGCAGCAACUGGCUCAGCCCCUGGAGCUGCAGCCGUGGGACUGGAACACAGAGGAUUUUGUGGAAAACUGCUUUCCAGCCUAAGGUUUCUUGGAGGCAGGGCGUGUGUGUCCUGAGAUGCUGCAGUGCUGCUUUUCCCUGUAAUACAUCAGUGACCCCUCCAAGUACCAGGGAGCUCUACCUUCCCCUUGGAGCCAGCAGGACCUCACCCUGAGCUCUGCCCUGCUUCUUGUCCUACAGCUCUCCUGUCCCCUCUUGGAUCUGAUGGGAGUGACACUAUUCCAGGAUCCAGCACUGAGUCCCUGAGAAUUGUAUUUGUUCCCCACAUCAAGCAAUGUCACUGAAAACAUCAGCUAUUCCAGGCUGGCAGGUGUCUCUGUGCUCAGUCUGUUUUCUUAUAUUAAAAAUCUACAUUAUUUGCCAGAGAACUGGAAUAUUUUCUCACCAAGGUGAGUGUGCAAGGAGCUCACAGCUGCUGGGGGUUCUUUGUGCUCAGAAGACACCAGUUUCUCCUCACAGCCUGCUCCAUUCGGUGGGUGUUUGCUUGCCUCUGGUUGAAUAACUCGGAGAUGGGAGCUGGGUGGUGCUGUACCUGCUGCAGG